GUACAGUAUUAAUGUAUGUAUGUCAUCCAACAAGAGACAGAACAGACAGCGCACACAAUGUCCUCGACAGGCCCCUUCAGAGAGCUGCAGGACGGCUCCGUCUGCUCGCUGUGUGGCAGUUACUUUCAGGACCCGGUGACCACAGAGUGCGGGCACAGCUACUGCAGGACGUGCCUGGUGGAGCGCGCUGGAGGCAAGGAUAACGCUGGGGGUCAGCUGGAGUGCCCGACGUGCGGACGGAUGAUGGGAUGGAGGGCGGUCACCACCGACGUACGCCUCGGGGUCACCACGCGUAUCGCCAAGAGGCUCAAUUUUCAAGCCAUGCCACCCAGGAGGAGGAGGAUGCAGGAGCAGGAAAUCUAGAGGCCGGCAGAGCAGAAGACGUCGGUGUUUUGUCCUGGACGGAUUUCCGUUCUGAUAUGACAGCCUGCAGAGCAUCGCAUUUUUGCUGCAGAUGCCGUGGGAUCCACAUGUUAUUUAUGUCUAUGUAUUUAUGUUGUAUGUGCUGUGGUUGGAUGUUUUUUGUAGUAAUGUAUAUAAUACACAGGUAUGUAAUGUAAUAAAUCUUUUGUAUAUAUAUAAAAGACGUUGUACUUGGAUAUAUCACACUGAAUUGUCUCCGAUUUAUAGAACCGGUCACAUUUGUAUUUUCAC